CCCGGUAUACCGUUUGUUUUCAAAAUAUAUACCGAUACCAUACCGAAGUAAUUCGGUACGGUAUCAUACCGUACCAAAAGCAUCGGUAUACCAAACAUUUCGGUAAAUUCGGUAUUUUUCGAUAUGGUAAGUCUGGUAUACCGAAAUUUCGGUAUUUUUCCCCACCCCUACUUUUGAUGAUAUGGAAUAAAUAUAUUUUUCAAUCUUGAAAUGUUAUAUAUACACAUUACACAUGAAUAAGUAAUUUAUAAAAACUUAGUUUCAAGUAAUCCCUGGGUUUUGGUUUGUAAAUGUGGCCUUUGCACAAAUAAUUGCCUUGUUCUUUUAGAAAAGUUUUUGUGUUUUUCAGAAAUCCAAUGGAUAUUCUAAUAAGAGAAUAUGUAAUGGGAAGUCUUAAGGGAACAAAGAGCGGACGUCUCCCAAGGCAUCUAGGGUUCGGUUUCUUCUUGCACCGAUCUUGCUUCUUGCGCCGAUCUUUCUUCCUCGAUCGUGGGGGAGGAGCUCUUCGCUUGGUGUUCGAUCGUGAGGCAAGGCGCUGGAUUUUGUUUUUCUGUUUUGGUUCGCACUGCUUAGCUUCUUCGGUUUAGGUGGAGCAGUUUUGUUUCGUUUUAUUAGUAUACUUGCAGGUGGACGAGUGAAUUUCUCAACAUUCUUGAUAGGAAGAUGGAGGAAACCGCAAACAAAUAUAAGGAUAUGGCUAUUGGGAAUCAGGAAGAAGAAUUGGUCUUUGAGGAGGAAACGCUUGAAGAGGAAGGAGACUUGGCUGAGCAGGAGGUUUAUCCGGUGGUAGGGACUGUGAUCACCGAUAAGAUGGUGAAAUUUUCGUCUCUUCAGAAUCUCAUGGCCUCACUUUGGAGGCCUGGGAAGGGUAUCUCAAUAAAGGAAAUCGGCGAAAAAAGGUAUAUGUUUACGUUCUUUCACCCUAUAGACAUGAAACAUGUGCUUGAAGAUGGACCAUGGAUAUUUGAGCAGAAUUUGUUGGUUCUUCGGGCGCUGCAGCCCGGUGAUGUCCCACUUCGUGUUCCUCUGAAUGAGGCUGAGUUCUUGGUCCAGGCUCAUGAUAUUCCUUAUGAUUUUAUGAAUCUGGGUGUGGCUAGGAGAAUUGGGAACUUUGUUGGAAAAUUUGUUAGUUGGGAAAAACCUCAGUUUGAUAAAAAAAAAUGGAAGCCGUAUAUGAGGAUUAGAGCUUGUUUGGAUGUGGGAAAACCUUUAAAGGUUGGCACCACGCUCAGAAAAGGCGAAGGGCAUUGGGUCGAUUUUAAAUAUGAGAAAUUAUCUAGCUUUUGCUUUUCAUGUAGUGUUAUUGGAUAUGCUGACAAGUUUUGUCCCUUGGUUUAUGAGAAUGAUUCUGCGGCUACUAUUCGGCCGUAUUGUGUCGGCCUACGGGUAGGAGGAGGGGGGAAAGCACGGAUGGAGGGGGGAAACAAGUGGAUUAUCUCAGAAUGACCAAAGGAGGAUAACAGGGCAACUCGAGAGGAGGGAGGCAGUUUGGGUUUGAACAGGAAAGAGUGGAAUACUCCUCUAGUCCGUAACACAAAGAGUGGAGUGGAGAAUGCAGAAACAGCGGCCAUGGAGGAUAAGAGCAGGGAGCCAAAACGCAGGCGGACCUGGGAAGAGGCUAGCGGAGAUAGAGAAGAGGAAGAAACUAUGGCCCUGGUUGACCCAAAAAACAGGGAGGGGGCGGGUUCAGACGCCUCGACCCGCCGAGUUCUUUGAAGAGGAUUUCAGAUGGGAACGGGUGCUGGUGCUCGUUCUUUUGCUUCAGAAUGCUUUUUAAUUUCCACGCGUUUUUUAUUUUCGAAUUUACCUGUUGCUCUCAGUUUUUUUUCCUUUCGAUUACUGUGGUUUUGUUCUACCAGACUUUUACACUAGGUGGGGGUGAUGAGGUUUUCACUCUGGCUACGUUUGGCUCAAGUAGACCCAAUACAGGAGCAACGAAACACAUUGCUUUGUUUAAGGUGAUUGAUUCUCCAGCUGGCCCGAGGGUCGGUGGCCGGAAAUGUUUUCUUUAUCAUUAUUUUCCCUUGCUGAGUGUUUUAUUAUCAAUAUAAGCCUCCCAGUUACAAAAAAAAUCCAAUGAAUUACUUGUUCAGGAAACCGACUUCUAUUUUCUCCCACCCCAGGAAUAAUUUUCAAAGCAUUAAAUGAUCAAUUAUAAAAUAGUUUUUAGCUAGUGUAGAAAAUACUUUCAAAAAACAAACGAUACAUGAUAGUUUCUUACCUGAAUUAGCACCUCUACCUGAACUCUUUUAAAAGUUGCUUCCUGGAAAGUGCCACAAAAUCAUGAGAUGAAGGGGGUGUUUGUAUUUUGGCGGAUUGGAAGCAAUACACCGCAAAAAGCAGCGUUUGCUAUUGUAAAAACACGGCGGUUUGGUAUAAACCGCUAUUACCCAAUCUUUGAACUUUUUAUCAAUAAAUGGCAUGAUUAAUAAUAUCAGACUUGCAAUGUAGAAAUCUAAUUUUUUUAAACCUAUGUGCCACUUAUCUUUGAACGCUCUCCUUUCUCCUGAAAUUGAUCAAACCUCUAAGAUCCAUAUGACCCUCACUUUCCAUGCCAUGACCAUGUUGUGUGUUGG